AUGAAUGACAACGCAUUUGAUGAUCAGUACGAAGGCUGCACAGAAGAGAUGGAAAGUAAAAUAAUAAAUUCCCUACUUGCUGAAGAAAAACGGGCUGACUCAGUGUUUAAUAGAACUUGGGAUGAGGCAAAAAAGAAGUGGGACACUGAGAAACCGAGUGUACCAGACGGCUUUCGGGAUGAGUACGGCAUUGCCAUUAUGGCAUAUUCCAACAAAAGUUCCGAUCUUUAUUCUAGCUUCAACAGGGCAGUGAGAGAUUAUAGCAGUAGGGACACGUUCCAUUACCAUUCUCUUCACUUCUUCAUUACGCGCGCUGUAGUGCUCCUUCGGUCGACUUGUUCGCACUCGGUAUACAGAGGGAUAAAAAACAUACGUUUCAAAAAUGAAACAAAUGUGGGAAAAGUCAGAUUCGGUCAGUUUGCUUCUUCAUCCACCAACCACACAGUAGCAAAGAACUUUGGAGAUGACACGUUCUUCAACAUCACCAGCUGCUUCGGUGCCGACAUCAAAAAGUAUUCCUAUUAUCCAAAGCAAGAGGAGGUUCUGAUACCAGUAGACGAGGUUUUCGAAGUGACCAAGGUUAUAGAGCAGGAUGGUAAAGGAAGAUUUGUCCUUAAAACUACAAACAGAUGUCACUACUACAAUUGUGACUACCUAUGUAAUGGUUAG